UAUGUAAAUAAACUUAGAGGAUAAAAUAUAAAAAAGACUUAAACAUAAUAAUAUUUGUUAAAAUAUUUUAGAAUAAAUACUUGAUUUAACUGAAGCAUCCUAUCAAAAUUAAAUUUAAAACAAUUCUAUUUAAGUAGAAAUGUCUUUUUGGGUAAAAUAUUUACAUAAAUUUGUAGAAGGGAAAAAUAUGAAUAAUGAAUAAAAUAUUACCAUGUUUAACUAAAAUGAUUUAGAUUAAUAAUUAAAUGUAAACAUAUAAGAAUAAGAGAAUUUCUUAAAUUAAGCUUUUUUUGAUUAUUAUCAUAAUUUAUAAAUAUGGUAACCUUUAUACUAUUUUGAUUAACAAGAAUAUCAAAUAUUUAAUUAACCUAUUAAUAAUGAUAUAUUAGGAGAUUUCUUAGUUUAACUUUUGGAUAAAAUAUACCCUAAAUUAGAUAUGAAAACAAAACCUGAAGAUUUGCCAGAUUAUAUGCCUUUAAGAAUAUCAAUUAUAGGUAAUAAGUUUAGUGGAAAAAAGCAAAUUGUUAAUUUAAUAAAAUAGAAAUAUUAAAUAGAAAUAAUAGAUGUAUACUAAGUUAUAGAUGAGGCAAUAAAAUACGCAUUUCCACCUCCAGAAGAUGAAAACGAUAAAAAAAAAGGAAAAAAAAAAGAAUAAAAAAAAGGUGGAUAACCCGAAGAAGAAAAAAAGCAAAAUCCUGAAUUAAAAGAAUUAGGUAUUUAAGCUUAAAAAGAAAAUUCUUAAUAUUCUGAUUAUACAUUAACUUGUGCAGCAGUGAUUAAAAUUAAAUAACUUUUCCGAGUUUUAUAGAAACAAGAAAUUUUAUAAUUAAUAGAAUAAGCUAAAAUUAAAGAAAAUGAUAGACAAGCCUAAAUAAAAAAGGAAUUAGAAGAUUAAUUAAAAAAAAAAGCUUCUAAAAAAGGGAAAGACUAAAAAAAAUCUGAAUAAGAAGACAAUAUAACUCCAACUCCAGAAGAAAUAAUAUAAAAAAUCAUAUAAAUGCCUAAAACAUUUGAAUUUUCGCAAGGUUAUGCUUUAUUAAAUUUCCCUUAAAAUCUUAAUUAAGCAAAAUUAUUGGAAGAGUAACUAACUGGAUAUAUUAUUGAAUCUGAAAGACUUAAUUAAGAAGGAGAAAGCUUAAAAGAGUACAUAGCAUAAUUAUUACACCCUUCAGUGAGAGAAGUUGAACAAAAAAUUAUUAAAGGAGGUCUUAAUUUAAUUGUAAACCUAAAUAUUGAUGAUGAAGAAAGUAUUAGAAGAUCUUCAAAUAGAAGACUUGAUCCUGUUUCAGGAGAAAUUUAUAAUUUAAUAGAUAAUCCACCCCCUUUAGAUGUAAAAGGACUAUAGGAAAGACUUUAAAUAUGUAAUGAUUGGGAAAAUUAAUAGAUAAAAGAAUAUAAUGAAAAAUAUGAGGAAAAAACAGAAUAAUUAAAAGAAUGGUUUGAAGCUUAUGGGAUAUAAGAAUACGGAUUUAGGUCAUUAGUUGAUAUAAAAUUAAAUAACAAACAUGAAGUUUUAUAAGAAGUAGAUGAAAAAAUUUAAUAAUUAUUGGAAAUUCAGAAAACAGAGUAUGAAAAAAUAUAAUAAGAAUUGGAAAAAUGCUAAUAAGAUUAGAAUUCUGAAAAUAAUUAAGAUUAAAAUUCUGAAAAAAAAUAAGAUAAAAAUAAAAAUAAUUAAGAGUAAAUUGAUAAUGAAUAAUAAUAAUUAAUAAUAAUAAUAAUAAUAAUAAUAAUAAUAAUAAUAAUAAUAAUAAUAAUAAUAAUAAUAAUAAUAAUAAGGAUAUUUCCAUAGUAUUUAAUUAGAUAAUUUAAGUAAUUUUAUUACUUUCUAUUUUUUUUUAUUUACUUAUUUUUUUAGAAAUAGUUUUUUAGAUGUGGUUAUAAGCCUAAAAUAAUUACACUAGAGAAAUAAAAUAAAGUUUAGGCAAAAUUGAUAAUCAUAGAGAGUUAUUAUCUGUUAGAUUUUAAGAUGUUUAAUAAAAAUUCCUUUCUAUUGUUUAAAAACCUGAUGAUAAAUAGUUAAAAAUUAAUAAAUUUUAAGAUAACUUUAAUAGAUUUACAGAAGAAAAUCAAGAAAUGUUAAGGUUUUAAAAUACAAAAGAAUAACUUAAUGAACAUUUAAAUUAAUUAUAUGAAUCUUUAUGGGAUUAAAUAGAAUAAAAGUAAAAAUUAUAUCUACUAAAAAAAAAUAUAACAAAAAUAAAAAUAAAGAAAAAACGAAUCAGUAGAAGAAAGAAAAAAUAUAAUUUCUUCUGGAUGGUUUGAUUAAGAAUGCAAUUAAAUAUAUUAAAUGUAUUUUAGAUUAUUUUAAAUAGAACUAAACCUACUUUAAGACAUUUUAGAAAUGAUUCUUUAUAUAUAAGAUAUAUUAGAAGGAAGACCAAUAAAUGACCUAUAAGAACAUGUCAUAAUAAUAGAUCAUAUUUAAGGUUAAAAGCCUUCACAUUUAACAGAUAAUGAAGAUGAUAAUAACUUUCCUAGAAUAGAAGAUUUAUUUUAAUGCUAUGUUGAUAAGAUAGAUAAUAUAGAAAAUUUAAUAGAAGAAAUUCAAAUUUAUUCUCUUUCUGAUAAAAGAGGUAUUAUUAGUCUUAAAAAUUUCGAAAGUAUGCUCCUAAGAAGAGGAAAAUCUAAAAAUAUACCUAAAAUUAUUUAAGAUAAUCAUAAAAAUGUUGUAUCUAAUAUUAGAUAGAAUUUUAAAUAAAUUAUUUAUGAUGAUAAAAUUGAUUAUAGAGAUAUUAUGAUUAUUUUUAUUCUUUUAAAUUCAUAAAUACCUACUCUUGAAGAAUUAAACAAUUAUAAAGAAAAUCUUAACUUUUAUAGCAAUAGUGGAUAUAUCGAAUUAAAUAUAUUUAAUUAGGUUGAAAGCUGGUUUGAUUAAUAUGAAAAUGAUGAUAAUGUUUAUGGACUUAAUAAAUUUAAUAGGCUUACUUGUAUUAAAUAGAUAAUUUUCGAUUUAUAUUGUGAAAAUCAUCCUUAUAUAUUAAAUAUAAAUGCUUUUAUUGAACCUAUGAAGAAGUAUUGUACAUUAGGUUUUACUCAUUUUAAGAACAUAAUUAUAUGA